CUUCAAGAAAGCAAAUUGGUACUAUUUAUUUUUCUCUCUCUCUUUCUCUCUCUCUCUCGCCAAUUUUCCCUUGCUUUGAUUUGCAUUCCUUUACUUGUAAAUUUGUAUUUUAUUUACGCGUCCAAUCUAAACUAGAAUCCAUUUUUGACGAGGUCCUUUUUAAUCGUAAACACAAGCAGUCAGGAGCACGCGGUCAACAUAAUAAAAAAUUAGAGUAAGAACCAUGGCCGGACCUGUUGAAUGGCUUGAGACCGUCCGCAAAUGCGACUGUCUUUCUGAAGCGGACGUGAAGAAACUCUGUGAGCGCGUCAAGGAGCUUCUGAUGGAAGAGUCGAACGUCCAACCAGUGCAGUCGCCGGUGACGGUGUGCGGCGAUAUCCACGGGCAAUUCUACGACGUGCUGAAGCUGCUGCGCGUAGGCGGCGAGCCACCCGAGACAAACUACAUUUUUAUGGGCGACUUUGUCGACCGCGGGUACUACAGCUUAGAGACGUUCACGCUGCUCAUGUGCCUGAAGGCGCAGUGGCCGGACAAAAUCACGCUCCUGCGUGGCAACCACGAGAGCCGGCAAAUCACACAAGUGUAUGGGUUCUAUGAUGAGUGCAAUAUGAAGUACGGUAACGCCAAUGUGUGGAAGUACUGCUGUCAGGUGUUUGACUACUUGACUCUGGCGGCCAUAGUGGAUGGGCGGGUCCUGUGUGUGCACGGAGGACUGUCGCCAGAUUUGCGGACGUUGGACCAGAUGCGGACGAUUCAGAGGUGCCAGGAGAUUCCACAUGAGGGGCCCUUCUGCGACCUGAUGUGGUCAGAUCCCGAAGAUAUUGACAGCUGGGCGGUGAGCCCGCGCGGUGCCGGGUGGCUGUUUGGUGCCCGGGUCACCGAGGAGUUCAACCACGUCAAUGGUCUGACGCUGCUGGCGCGCGCCCAUCAGCUUGUGCAAGAAGGAUAUAAGUUUAUGUUUCCCGAGCGCAACCUCGUCACUGUGUGGAGUGCUCCGAACUACUGUUAUCGGUGCGGCAACGUAGCUAGCAUACUCAGGAUUGAAGAGGACUUGGAUGUCACUGAUGACUCGUUCCAGAUCUUCCAGGCUGUGCCUGAUAAGGAGAGAAUUGUGCCGCCGCGGAUACCCGGAUCGAUGGGAGGCGGUGGCAGCGGCGGCAUUGGUGGCCAAUAUUUCCUCUGAGGCAUGUAGUCGCGGACAUAAGAAAUGGCUUGCCUAUUUGCUUUGUUUUAUUUUGUUUUUGUUUUGGCUUAGACGGCGACAGUGUUGCACUCACAUUCCGCAUAUUGACUUUUUUCUCUCUCUCUCAUCCCCUUUUCC